AAGAAUAUGGGUCAUUUACGACGGAUAACUUACGACGGAUCUGUGGGGCGCUCAAACUUACGACGGAUAUGUGAUUUCCGUCGUAAACAUGGCUAUUUGCGACGGACAACUUACGACGGAUACAUUGAGAGCUUGAUCUUGCGACGGAUAUGUGAUUUCCGUCGUAUCACUUUACGACGGCAAAGACUUCCGUCGUAAAUUCAAAUAUAUAAAUAUUUUUUUUGAUUUAAAAGUAAUCGAGAAUAUUACAUUGAUUCAAACGAUGUCGUUUUUGUGCUGUAAGUUACGACGGAUUGUGUUCGUUCCGUCGUAAAUUCACCUACCACAUUUAAUACCACCAGUAACUUUUGACUUGUCCGUUGGAGGAUAAUAUAUUUAAAUUAACUUACGACGGAAUGAGUUCUCUCCGUCGUAAAUUGUCCUGAAUAAUCACUACUGCCCUCUUUCUAAUUUGCCACUUCCUUAUCAAAACACCAUUCUUCUCCUUGUGAUUUCAUACAAGAUAUGACAUAACAAGGGUCAUUAACACUUGAAUCAAUAUGUCUUAUGAUAGAAGUUGGAUCACUCGACGAAUAAUUCCCGGUGGUUAUGGAUUUACGGAUGAAUAUAAUGAGGGGGUUAAAUAUUUCUUGGCAUUUGCAAGAAGCAAUUCUAAAGAAUCGGAUGAUCCGAACCUUCUUAUUAGAUGUCCUUGCAAUACAUGUAGAAAUCUAUUACACCAACUCAUUCCCGAUGUCGAGUUCCACUUAUUUGCAACCGGUUUUCUCGAGAGUUAUACCAUAUGGCAUUAUCAUGGCGAAUCUAGAGGGUCGAGAAAUGAACAAAUGAAUGAUCACGAAGAUGUGUAUGAUGAAUAUGAGAUGUUGAGGGAUGCUUUUGGGCCGGACGCUUUCGAAGAGGAGAAUAACAUUCCCGAGGACCCGAACGAGCAAGCAACUAAAUUUUUAGACAAUGUGAACAAUGUUGGGGAGCCAAUAUACCCGGGCAAUAUCAAGUACACACAAUUGAAGUUUGUUUCAAGAUUACUACAUUGGAAGAGUCGUAACCAAUGUAGUGAUAAAGCCUUCGAUGAGUUGCUCCUUUUACUUGGGGACGUGUUCCCUGUGGGGCAUAAGCUCCCUUCCAAUUAUUAUGCUGUCAAGAAGAUGGUUAAAAAGCUGAGUUUGGGAUAUGAAAAAAUACAUGCAUGUGAGAAUGAUUGUAUGUUGUUUUAUGGUGAUGAUAAAGAUUUGAAAAAUUGUAAGUUUUGUAACUUGAGUCGAUACAAAGUUGCAACACAUGUGGGGAAUAAUACCAUUCCGAGGAAGGUAUUAAGAUACUUUAAAAUCACUCCUCGAUUGCAGCGUUUGUACAUGUCUACCCGCACUGCGGAGCAUAUGAAAUAUCACAAGUACAGGACUGUGGAUGAAGGGGUUCUAAGUCAUCCUGCAGAUGGAGAAGAAUGGAAAGACUUUGACAAGACGUAUCCUGAUUUUGCAGCAGAUUUUCGUAAUGUUAGACUUGGUCUUGCAACUGAUGGAUUCCCCCCAUACAGUAAUGCUACAUCUACAAUAUACUCAGUGUGGCCAGUUGUACUACUUGUAUACAACCUUCCACAUACCAUGUGCAUGAAGGAUCCUUAUAUGUUCAUGACACUACUAGUACCUGGGCCGAAUGAUCCUGGCAAGAAUCUAAAUGUUUAUCUUAGACCAUUGAUUGAUGAGUUGAUUGAUUUAUGGCAGGUUGGUGUACGUACAUUUGAUGCUUCUACGAAGACUAAUUUUAUGAUGCGAGCAGCUUUGUUGUGGACUAUCAGUGACUUUCCCGGAUUGGGUAUGGUUAGUGGGUGGUCAACCCAUGGAAAGAUGGCUUGUCAUGUGUGUAUGGGUGAAGUUAAAGCUAAGCAACUACCGCAUAGUAGGAAAUCCAGUUUUUAUGGAUUGCAUAAGGGGUUCUUAGAAAAGCGUAGAAAAAGAAAGAAAGGUUUGGUCAUUCGUAACAUGUGUACUAUGGAGACAAUAUUCCCUCCGGCUUUUUUUGAUCCGAUGGAGCAUCUUCUUGUUCAUUUGCCUGAGGAGUGUAGACUCGGUGGCCCUGUACCAUCACGGUGGAUGUAUAAUAUGGAAAGACUACAACGAAGAAUGAAACAAAAGGUGGGGAACAAAGCACGCGUUGAAGGAUCCAUUGCAGAAAAGUACAUAUAUGAGGAGCUCACACAUUUUUGUUCCAUGUACUUUGAGUCUGAAGUUGACACAGUGCAUAACAUGUUAGGGCGUAAUAUAGUUGAUGACCGUUUACGAGAUCCGGGAAAGUUAGUGGAAUUCACAUAUCCAGUAGAACCUUUGGGAGCAUACAAAGGUUACCAUUUAGAUCUGGAUUCCUUGGGUGUUGCAGCACAUUACAUUCUCACUAAUAUGCGUGAAGUGGCACCUUAUAUUACUAUGUUUGAAGAUGAGGUUCGAAGUCAAAGUCCACUUUUGAUGAGUGACACAGAUAUGGAUAGAAUGUUAAGGGAAAAUUUUGUAACAUGGUUGAGAAGCAAGGUUCAAGAAAACUAUGAACAAUUGCAGUAUUUACUUCAAGGUCCGACUUCUUAUGUAAUUUCUUACAAAAGAUGCAAGGUCAAUGGAUACUCAUUCAAUCUAGGAAGAUCAAGCUCAGGAGUACUUGUCAAGGGCAGUUGUUAUGAGGAUGGUGAAAGCAAUUAUUAUGGAACUUUACAAGAAGUUCUGAAAUUAACAUACGGUGGCGGAAAUCAGGUGAUUUUGUUCAAGUGCCACUGGUAUGAUCAUAUUAGGGGCGUAAAGAAAAACAAAAAUGGAGUGCUCUUAAUUGAUCUUAACUCAAAACUAAAAGGAAAUGAUGUUUACAUUCUAGCGAGCCAAGCCACUCAAGUGUACUAUGCUCCCAGUGUGAAAAAUCCGGCUAGUAAUAUCUACACGAUCAUCACAUGUAGACCUCAAGUGUUGAGUGGAAAAGAUAAUUUUGCUAACAUGGAACCCCUUCAAGAGGAAGUGUCAAAUACCACACCAAUAGACUUUUCAUCAAGGUCAUUAUUUAUUGACUUCUCACAAUAUGAAAUGGAAGAAGGAGAAGAGCAUGGGCAACAUAAUGAAGAUGAAGGUGAAGAAGAAGAAGAAGAAGAAGAAGAUGAAGUUGAAGAUGAAGAUGAAGAUGAAGAAAGUGACGGUGAUGGUUAUGAUAGUGUUGAAGUGGAAAGUGGAGAAGAAUAAUGUUAUGUACUUUUGCAAUUUAAUUGUAUUAAAAUGGAAUUUCGGCUCAUUUAAGCUACU